AUGGAUCAAGGUGCAAAUUAUCUUAUGUGCAGAUCUCACGACAAAAAACUUGUGCCAAUAUAUUGUGAGGACUGUGAAUGUCCAGUUUGUAUGAAGUGUAUGACAACAUCUCAUUUACAACAUAAAAUAUGCGAUGCGUCUGUUUAUGUUCAGAAACGGCAUGGGGAACUGCUGGCAUCUUUGCAUGGAGAAAAUUCCAUGGUUGAAAAGAUGAAAAAUGAGCUCAGGUCUAAGCAUAAAAACUUACAGGAAAGGCAAAUUAAACUGAUCGAGGAAAUAAGCAGCAGAGAGGAAGCCAUCAUUGCGGAAGUGAGAGACAUUGGGAAACACCUGAAGGAAACUGUAUCUGAUGCUGUUUCUGAUUGUGAAGCAAAAAUUCAAAAGAGUAAGAAAGAAAUAGAAAAAUUAGAAGUUUCUGAAUUUGACACAACGAGGGAAACAAACUGCAUUAAAGUAUUACAAUGUUAUAGUGAACUACGAAGGCUGGGAAGGGAAAUGAAAAUUCAUGAACCUAUGACUAUUACAUUUGAAACUGUCAAAAGUCGCAGUAGAAGGCACGUAGAGGAACUCCUCGGUAAAAUAGUUGUUCAGCAUGAUUUAGUCCAACAGCCUACUGAAAAAAUACUAGCAGUGGUAGAAAAUGAAAAAUUAGGAAUAUCUAUGUUAAUGGAAAAAUGUCGCCGCUCUAAGAAUGCUUCGUUUUACUCAUUAUUGCUGUAUCGAUUAAACAGAAAAGGUGAAGCAAACGUCUUUGCAAUUCAAAAACGCAUUAUUGAUCGUAAUUGUACAGAAGUUGCAAAACUCUGCAUCCUGAAAGAUAGCAAGUCACAAGUAGCAUUGAUUUGUAAAACUCCACUCUACGUGUACGAUCAACAAUUAAACCUUGUGUUUUCGUACCAUGGAAGUAUUCAAUUCAUUGCUUGUGCUACAUUUUCAGCCGCGUUUGCAUGUCUGGAUCUAGACAACAACGUUUUAGUUUCAAACAAAAGUGAUGGUUCCAUUCACAUGUUAGAUAUAGGUGGCCAGUUUCUAAGAAUUGUCGUUUAUCCGGAAGAUGGCCUAUCAAAUCUUACUUCUCUCUCUGUUGACGGAGAAGAUUGGUUGUGGUGCACCGGUUUGAAAGAUAAGAGAGGUUACCUCAGUUUCUUCGAUUAUAAUUAUUUAAAAACGACUGAACGGUCCAAGAGAGCACUGACUGAAACCGAAGAAAACUUCUGA